GACUAAUCCGUUUGUCAGCGAGUUGUUGCAAGUUCCAAUUCGUAAACAUUGUGUUUAUUUUGGUGAAUCUGUCACAAUUUUAACCAUAUAAUACAUGCGGAGCCGACGGUGGAAUCUGUGUCGUUAAUUAAAUAGUGGAUUUGUUUAGAGGCGAGCGCUAACCAGAACGUAAAGAAACAGGAUGACGUUUGACGAAAAUAUGAACAAAUUUACCCACGAAGUUGAAGAGGCGUUCCAUGACGUUGAAGAGGUUUUCCGAGAUGUCAAAGAUCACAUGAUACUGUCGGUAAGAAACCAUAGCUACAUGAUAGCCUUGUUUCUUAUGAGUCUGACGUCAGCAAUUCUUGUGUUCGGGACUAUUUAUGUGUGGUGUUUUCACCGAGGACACCCGUAUCGAGAGGAUUACCAGCAUAUAGAGGAAAAAAACGAAACAGAGGCAGCUGAUGAAUCAGCUAAUGAUCAAAUGCAACACAAGAAGAAAGCAACAAGUGCUAUUCCUAGAGCAAGCCCUGCAAGUGACGUCACUGCUAAUAAUGACGUCAGUGAUCAAGAUGGCAAAGUUCGGAAAAGAGUUCCAUCUUCUUCUGGAUCUAGUAUGAACAAUAAUGACAGCCCUGUAAAGUCUAAAAUACCAGUACGAAGACAGACAAGUAAACAAUCUUGAUAUGUAUUUGAGUUUGUAAUGAGAAUUUAAUGGUCUUCCGGUUUGAUAUUCAAGUUACUGCUUACAUUUACAUGUUUAGUUUUGAGCCCUCAUUUUUCAAAGAAAAAACCUAGGUUUUGAUAGCGUCGGUGCCAUUGUUGUAGACGUGCAAAAAUCUUUACCUUGCAUGUUGCCAUAACUUUAAAACCGUUCCGGAUAUUCAAUUGAAAUAAUGUACAUUUUAUGUACCUACAUGUAUAUAUAGGCGCAUAUAUUGUAAAUCCCAUCUCUCUGGUUUUAAUUAAAAAAAAACAAUUAAAUAAUUGUCAACGUAUGCGCUCAAAAUAAAGUAUGUAUCAUUGCAAGAACUAUUAGGAAAAUGAGGUUUACAAUUGCUGGACAAACUAUUACUGGUAUGAUGUGUGAUAUAGACAUUCCAUUCACUGUGAUUUUCGUAUUUAGACGGUACUGUAUAACGGCGCAUGUGAUUUGAACAAUCCAUAUCAUUAUACAUGUAGUUUAAUUAUACUUAAUGUCGUUUUUUUUCAAAACAUUGAAGCUGCCCUUUCUUUCUCUUUGCAGAAUUUAAACUGAAUUGUGUUGUAAACAUAUCACAGUAAGUCGGAUUGAAACAACUUGGCGUACAGCGCGUUGCAUUCCUUUUUCUUUGAGAUAAAAAUUCCUAUUCCUGAAUUAUUUCUAGUCUCUGGCAUUUUCUGUAACUGAUUAAUUGAAUGGGGUAUAGAUAAAAGCACCAAGUAAUUUUGGUAUUGAUUGAGAAAUUGUUUGUAUGCACACAUGUUCACAUUGGUGGACUUAGUCUUUAUAGAUACAGGCCAGGGACGGAUUCAUGAUUUGGCGAUAGAUGGGGCGCUCUUUGGAAGUACGCUCGCCAGCUUUCAAAAGAUUACUAAUAAUACAUAGUUUUAAUAAGUUAAUCAUCAAGUUGGGGCUUGAGGUCGCUCUCAAGGAAAGAUUAAGCCAUUUUUGUCUGAAAUAGUGAUUUUGAAUGUAUUCUUUUCAUAUCGUUUUUUUGAUAUUGACUUAAAAUGGUAAACAUAAACAAUUUAAGAGGGGGCGCGCGCCGGGCCCUCCCCCGUCUAAUCCACGAAUGUAUACUAAAAGGUAUAACGAAAAUGUUUGUAUUAAGUCUGGAAUAAACUAGCUAAAACAAUUGCGCCAGUUUGUAUACUUGAAAAUAAAUGUUGAAUUGAAAAACACCACCAGUGUGUGGUUAUAGAUUUUUUGCAACUGUAUAGAAUUAUUUUAUUAAACUAUUUGGUCCCUUUAAGUUUCAUUGGUCUGGAGAAAGAAGUCAUGUUUUCUUACAAAGAAAUACGGACUGUACUUAAACUCAAUACUUUAUGUUUAUAAUGAACGUAUUUUUUUUGCUUAACAUCUUACUAGCAUGCUUGAUUGUACAAAGCAUUGGUAAUGAUUCUGUUGUUUUAUUUACAUCAUUGAUCAAUUUUCAUUUGUAAAUAUUGGUUGAAUGUUCGUAUUAAUUUUGCUCAAAUUAAUGAUACCUCUAAUUGUUAAAUAUUGUACAAAAAAGAAAUAGCAUGCAUUUACUUUAGUCUGGAUUAACUGCCCCUAACCAUUGGUUUACAGUAAACAAGGAACCAGACAAACCUCUGCAAAUCUGUUAAUAUUUUUGUCAUUGUGGUAAACUACAUACAGAUCUGAAUGUAGGUUGAAAUCUCAGAAAUAUUCUUUAACACCCAACAAUUUAGUGUUAUUUUUAGCAAUUAUCUGUCCAAAAUUUGUUAAUUGAUAGCAAUAAAAUGAAUGACUUAAACAUAUCAAUUAGCUGGACUGUGUUUCCAAAGAGUCAAGGGUCGUAGCCAUGGUGUCGUCGGCGUGAGUUAUGGUCGUUGUAAGUGAGCUGCAAAAACCUGGCCGUUAAACAAUUGCAAUGACUAUCAAAAUAUGUGCUUGUUUGAGAAAACCGGGUAGGCGUUGGCACUUUUUGCUUAGUUUUUAUAUAAGUAACACAUCACUAACUAACUUGUUAUGAAUCUUUGUUUAUGUAUAAAUGUGAUCUCGUUAUGUUUUUGAUUGGUUUUUAUUCAGGUUGAAACACACUCCAUAUACACCUUGCAACACAUAGUAGAGUAUAUGUUAGCAUUGUUUUGCUUUAAAGAAUAUAUCACAGGAUCAUAUCCCAACAUGCUAAGACAGGAUAGUUAAUUGGCUACACAAUAAUUAAUGUAUCAUGGGACUAAGAACUUAGAAACUAUAGUUGGUGAAUUGACUAAAGUGAGGUUAAGUGUGAAAUGACCUGGGAAAGCCGAUGAAAUCCCUGGGGCUUUCCAAGCAUCAUUUAUGUGUCUAUCAACCUGAACCACGUCUUCCAUAUUUGUUGUGUUCAAUUUAUUUAUUGUUAGCUUUUACUUGUUAUAUAGGUUAACUUGUUUAUUCAUAUAUUCUGAGGAAUGUGUUUUAUUAUAUUAAUGGACCUUGUGAAUUAUAAAAAAAAAAUGUUUGAAUAAAUAAUAAAUGUACACAAUGCUUAGAGGUUUCACCCGCGCCCAUCAUUGGAAGCCCUUUAACUGGAAAAAAGUAUUUUCUGGGUUUCUUAAUAAACUUAUCAUAAUCAUUCAAAUCCAUUACAUUUAUUUCAUUAAUACGGAGACUGGUUAUGUCCAUUUCCUGCAAUUUUUAUUACCUCUUUUGGUAUGAUUUUUACAAAAAUAUUAAUUUAUUGAAAUAUUCAUAUAGUCGAACUAGGGUAGUCACAUGCAUCUCAGCAUUUACUUAGAUUAAUGUGUUGGAGUUUAUGUACAACUUAUAUCACAGAUUUUAUAGUAUUACAGCAAUGUUCACCAAUUGGUAUUUUGACAAUAUUUGGCCGGUGUUUUAAAAGAGCCUCCUCUCACAGCUCUCUCAACAUAUUGAUCAUGAUUUAUUAUACAUUUUAAUACGCAAAAAACAUUGAUUUUGAUUUUAAAUGAAUUUGAAUGGAUUGAUGGUAACAUGCUUCUGUAUAUUUGAAAGAAUACUUUUAUAAUGUGCGCAUGUGUUUUGUAUGCACGUUUGAGAUUAUACUCUUCUUACAAUUAUCAUAAUUGAUUGAAUGUGUGCUAUGUUAUCAUAAUCAGUUAACUGUUAAGUUUAUCCGAAAACCCAUUCUAAAUGCUUGUGUCUCGUAACAAUAUAUUAUUUUCCUAUAUAUUUGUAAUAAAUCAUAAAAUCAA